UGGGGGGCUGCCAUUUUUCUGCAAACCUUUAUUUUUUUUAGAUGCAAAGAAGCGGGGUUGGUGUCUGACUCUAAUUUAAUUUGUAUUUUUUUUUUUUUAGCGAGGACUCUUUGCACGAAUGCCAUGGAGCGCAUUUCGGAGCAGCCGUGGAAUUCCUCGUACACCUACCAGGUGAGUAAACACAGCGACGAGAUGCUUCACAACCUCAACGACCAGAGGAAAAAUGGAGGAAGGUUUUGCGAUGUUAUCCUGCGGGUCGGGGAAGACAGCUUCCCGGCUCACAAAGCCGUGCUGGCGGCCUGCAGCGAGUACUUCGAGUCGGUCUUCAGCUGUCAGGCGGAAGGGGGCGGCGAGACCAAAGAGCUGGAGAUGCACACGAUCAGCGGCAAAGUUUUUAAGGACAUUUUAGACUUCGCGUACACUUCGAAGAUUGUCGUCAGACUCGAGUGCUUCCCCGAGCUAAUGACAGCCGCCAAGUUUCUCCUGAUGAGGUCCGUGAUUCGGAUAUGCCAGGAGGUUAUCAAGCAAUCCAAUGUCCAGAUCCUGGUCCCGCCGGCUAGGGGUGAUCUGGCUCUGUUCCGAACCGGAGCGCCCGAUCUGGGGUUUCCAUCGGACAUGGCAAAUGGGUCCGGUUUGGUGGGGUCCCUGUUCGGGACCAAUGAACAGGCGCUCGACAGCGACGUUAACACCCAAGCGACGGGUGGCCUUUCCUUGACAGACAGCAGCCCAUCUGCGAUUCCUGCGGGUCUGCAGACGGUAGGACGGCUGCCCGUGAAGCCCACACAGCUGUCCCCGCUGCUUGCUGUGGCGAAUCCGUUUCAAAACGUGGCGAGCGGCGCCGCUCAGGUUGGAGCGGGAGGGAAGCGGGGCAGAGGGCGGCCCAAGAAAGCCCCGGCGGUGGAUCCCAUGCUCUUCGCCGGCCCGGCCGUUGCAAAGGAGCUGGGAAUCUUCCCCUGCGGACUGUGCGGAAAGAUUUUCAGCGACGGCGUUCGGCUCAGGAACCACGAAGCCCAGCACAGCGCGCCCAGCAUCAGUCUUCACAGCAUGGGCAACUCCGAAAACGGGGUUCCGAUCCACAUCGGGGUCGCAGACGGCACUCGGAAGCGGGAGAGGACCAGGAGGCACGUCGGGUGCGACAUUUGCGGAAAGGUGUUUCGGGACGUUUAUCACCUCAACCGGCACAAGCUCUCUCACUCCGGGGAGAAGCCCUACGCCUGUCCGGUGUGCGGGCUGCGUUUUAAGAGGAAGGACCGGAUGUCUUACCACGUUCGGUCUCACGACGGCUCGGUCGGGAAGCCCUACGUGUGUCAGACCUGCGGAAAAGGUUUCUCCAGGCCGGACCACCUAAACGGACACAUCAAGCAGGUGCACACCUCGGAGAGGCCCCACAAGUGUCAGACCUGCAAUGCCUCCUUUGCCACACGAGACAGGCUGCGCUCCCACCUGGCGAGCCAUGAGGAUAAAAUCCCAUGCCAGGUGUGUGGCAAGUUCCUGCGGGCCGCCUACAUGACGGACCACCUAAAGAAGCACAGCGAGGGUCCACACAACUACUGCAGCAUUUGCAACAAAGGUUUCUCCACUGCUUCCUACCUAAAGGUCCAUGUAAAAAGCCACCACGGGGCCGCCCUCCCCGACAGCCCCCCCUUUACUGAGCAGAGGGAUCAGCCCCAGAACGGGGGCGCGGGCUUCCACACGGGCAGGACUUGUGCUGUCGAAGACGUUUGUGCCAGUCAGAGGCUGCUGGUCAGUUUCCCUGAAGCAGAGGUGCGUUUCCGAGGGCUGCCUGCCGCGGCCCCUCCCACGCUGCCCUUCUGCCCUCCUCCCAUUGGCUUCCAGCCCGAGGUGUUGCUGGGGAAACCUGGCUCUCAGUAUUUUUGGGAGUGCCGGGCGUCCGGCCUGCCUGGGUGUCACGCAGAUGGACAAGAGGACCUGCAGAAAUGCCCCCACCAAGACCCACAGGACAGCUCAGACAACUCCUUCGGGGAACUGUCUGACGGGAGCGAUGUCAAGUCUCACCACAAGGUGGAGGAAGAGAGCGUCUCGUUCCAGUGCGAGGCGGGAGGAGGGUGCGAGGCCGGGGGUGACGGCAAGUCGAGAAACGAGACUGAAAGAAAACACACCUGCCCGGACUGCGGCAGCAGCUUCCGUUCCAGGUCCCACCUGAACAAGCACGUGCAGAGGGCUCACUGCCCCCAGAAGGGCAUGCAAGCGCUAGGGGAACUGGCCCCCUUCUCCCCACAACAGAACAUGUCCCUCCUUGAGUCUUUCGGCUUCCAGAUCGUCCAGUCCGCUUUCGCAUCCUCGCUUACCGAUCCCGAGGCUGGGCACAGCGGGAUUAACAUGGGGGGCAAGUGACUCCCCGAGACUGCCCCCCCCCCCCCCCCCCCCCCAUUUCACUGAGCUAAACUGAGAGGGGGCAUCGGUACCACUGCACCAUUUAGCUGUGCUGAUCCUGCGGGUGAUUCCCAGCGAUUUGAGAGGAGAGGUCCAUGCAGAACUGGCUAGAAGAGUUCAAGGGAGGCUGUGUUUAGAUCCUUUAAAACAGCCCCCUUUGAGAUGGAGAGAGAGGUGUGGGGUGGCAAUGACCUCCCAAG